AUGCUCGAGCACUACACCAGAGAUCUUCCCCCCGCCUCUCAUACAUCCCUUACUUCACCACCCGAUUCCCCGAAGACGGUCAUUUUAACAGGCUCAACCGGUUCAAUGGGGUCCCACCUCCUCACCAACGUCCUCGCCAAUCCUCCCAUCGCUACUCCGCCUUUGGAUCGCCAACAUACCGUCCACGAGACUAACGGCUUAUCAGCGCGCUUCUCACCCGAAAGCGUCACAUUUCUCAAGACCGACCUAUCACAGCCCUACUUCGGGCUCUCUCAACCUACAUACAAAAAGCUACUAAAAUCAGUGACACAUAUCCUCCACAACGCCUGGGAAUUCAACUUCAACCACUCCAUCCAUAUGGGGCAUUCAUCUCCUUCAUCUCAACGAUCAGCAGCAAUAAACUAUCCCUUCUCCCAUACGGGUCCAAUGUCGAAGUCCAUCAUCGACGAAUACUCCCUACCGCAAGCCAUGGGAUACGCAGAGUCGAAACACGUCGCUGAGAGAAUGCUCGAUGAGGCGGCCAGGGUCAGUGGUAUGAGGAGCGUGGUUUGCAGUGUUGGGCUAGUUGCUGGACCGAAGGGGGGCAAAGGUGUUUGGCAGACAGGGGAGUGGGUUUCCGAGCUUGAUCAAGAUUGGUGUGUACUUGGGAUGUUCGCCGUCCGAAUUGGGCCUAUGGAGAGGGUGGACUGGAUACCGAUUGAUGUAUUAGUGGGGUGUGUUGGGGAAUCGUCCCUCGGUUCGGACAAAGAUGGAGAAGUCUCGUAUCCUAAACGUCCUGACACGGAAACAAACACCAUGCCAAUCGCAGAUGAGCAACCACUCGGCAGGGAGCCCAUGACCCGGAAAGAGAAUGAGCAUACAAGCCAUCUAAGCAAAGACACCACUACCAACCUAGAUAGCAAACAGACUGAGAUCACCAUCGAAGCCAUGACAACCACGUUCACGGAGACAGCCGACGUACCUGCCGCUUCGGCAAAGGUCUACUACCUAGUCAACCCCUCACCGACAACAUACGCCGCCGUCCUUCCAUUCAUCCUCUCCCCCCUUCCAUCAGACCUCCAAGCCAAACUCGUCUCUGUCAACGAGUGGAUUGCCAAACUUCAGUCCUCUGAUCCAACCCCCGAAUCGAACCCGGCAAUCAAACUCCCGCACUUCUUCCAGGGAUUGUUCGAGAUGCAGAAAGCGGGACGAAAGAUGGUGGUGCUGGAUACUGAAGAGACGCGUAGGAGUAGUCGACUUUUGAGGAUUGAUUCUUGGGAAGGUGAAGGGGGAGUGGAUGGAUGCGUGAAUAGAGGGGUGGGGCUUCAAUAA